UGCCCCAUCAUUGGUGUCAGUGGGAGGAAUAGUGCCCCAUCAUUGGUGUCAGUUGGGUCAGUGGGAGGAAUAGUGCCCCAUCGUUGGUGUCAGUGGGGGAGGAAUAGUGCCCCAUCGUUGGUGUCAGUGGGGGGAGGAAUAGUGCCCCAUCGUUGGUGUCAGUGGGGGGAGGAAUAGUGCCCCAUCGUUGGUGUCAGUGGGGGGAGGAAUAGUGCCCCAUCGU